ACUUCAGCUUCUGAUUCCUUAUUUUUGUCGCAACUCCAGUGUUCGAGCGUGUGCUUGUAGCGGCUCAGACUUGAAGGUUCCAGUCAGAUUUCACAUCUUCUUAGUCGAAAGCAUGGCCGGUUAUGAGGAAGUGAUCGUGCACGGAUACGAGGAGUUCUGUAAGGCGGUGUCUGCGAGAAAAGGGAAGGAUAUUUUCGCGUAUUUUUCAGGUAACAAAGACGCCGAGGGAAAGAGCUGGUGUCCAGAUUGUGUGAAAGCUGAGCCAAUUGUAAGAGGGGAGCUGACUCAUCUUCCUGAGGGCUCCGUCUUCAUUUAUUGUCAAGUUGGAGAUAGACCGUACUGGAAGGAUCCGAACAACGACUUCAAGAAGACCCUGAAGUUGACUGGAGUUCCCACUCUGCUGCGAUACGGCACACCUCAGAAGCUGGUGGAGGAAGAGUGCUUCAAGCCAGAUCUGGUGAAGAUGAUGUUCACUGAAGACUGAACGGUCCCCGGCUCAUAAAGAGCCAACAUUUCUUCACUAAUCGACCGUUUACACUGCUUCAUUCAAGCACUUAGUAAUCACCCAGUUCUGAUCUCAAUACAAAUUGGUGCAACUGAAUUGCUGGCUGCGCUUUUACAAAAACAACCAGUCUGUCACAUGCAGCUCCAUCAUUCGUUGUUUAGUGGGCUUGUUUUGGAGGAUCUAUUUCUUCUUUGAUGAUGCUGUGCAAUCAGUCAAUAAAUACACACACUAAUUGUUGAUUCAAAAAGCAACUAGAGAUUUUUAUAUUGUGAUCAUUUUUUUCCAUUGCCUUGCAAUUGAACUUAAAUAAAAAUUAAAAAAAACAUUUGAUGUUGAAUAGUUAAACGAUGCUGUAGAAGCCUAAAUUCAGUUUUUGUUCAUUCAGACUUUAGGAUAAGUUAUGUUCAUAUUUCUUAUUAUAAUUUGUUUAUUUGGAUAAAAAUGAUAACUAGUUUUAAAAAAAGCAUAGUAAUUUACUAUAUUUGACUACACUAAAGUCUUGAAAAUUUGCAUAUCUAAUUGGAAUUAAGGAUUUUAGGGUGUGGCUAGGCAGUCAGUUGGGCAGUUGGAGUGGAGCCACACAGUUUUUUGACCUCACUUUCUUUCUUUUUAAAUUUUCUUGUUUCUCUUUAUUUUUCGUGGAAAGGUAACCUUUGUGCCGUUUUUUGUUUAUUUCUGAAGUAAAUCAUUCAACUAUA